GGACAUCGGUGCAGCACCUUCCCCCGGGAAAGGGGAGUAGUGGAGUAGUGCCCGCCAGUGCCUCCUCUCCCUGCCCGCUGGAAUGAGGAAGUGGCUCCUGCCACCUUCAAACGUCACUCGGCACCGUAGUUCCACUGCUGGCACCAUUCGCUGGCCCUGUAUCCCUGAGUGCAGGGACUUUGUCCCCACUUAGGGAGUGGGGGUGCUGGCUCUGGACAUGGCUGGGCAGAGAGGAGGGCUGCCACUGCUGCUGUUGAGCCUUGCCGUGCUGGACCUCACGCUGGCGACUACCGUCACAGAUGUGACAGCAACCAUGUCCACGAGUGUCCCUACCUCCCUGACACCUAUGGAGACCUCAGCACUGCUGCCCACCACUGACCCCACCACUGCAGCCACUCUCCCUCCCUCCAGCUCUGAAUCCUCUACCCUGGAGAGGUCCAGUACAUCACUGGAGACCAGCAGCUUCUCACCAUCCACCACGCCUACUGUCACUGCAGCCACCCUCCCUCCCUCCAGCCCUGACACCUCCACCAUGGGUGCUUUCACAGCCAGCAUUGUGCCUCUGAGGAGCAGCCCAGCAGCCUCCAGCAUGACCACACCACAGGUGACUGGUAGCACAGCCCUCAGCACUCCCGAUGGCACCUCGGUACCACCUGAGCCCACCCAAACAAGGCUAGGGCUCACCACCAGCACCCCGACACCAGCUCCGGCGGCUACGACAUCCAAUGGUACUGAUUCAACCACUGUCACGUCUGUGGGGACCGGUACGGCAUCGGCUGUCAUAUCGUUUGGAGUCGAAAAGAACACACUGCCUCCCUCCGACUCUGCUCCUCUCUCCUCCACCGGAGCGGGCACCACGUUUGGUAUCACCACCCGCCAAGAGCCAGCCGUGGCCACACUGCUUGGCAGCACAUCGCUAGGGACCGGCAGCGCCUCUUUCCACACCGCAGCAGCACCGACAGUCACUUCGGAUGAGCCCCAUUGGACCGCGUCGGACACCACGGCCACCGCCGUUACCAGCACGGGGGGCCCCGGGAGCACCCCCACCCAACUGGCCGAGACCACGGCCGGGACCACCGCUGGCGCCGCCUCCGAGACCCCCAGCUCCGCCGCGGGAGGCAAGGACGGCACGGUCCCUGGCUGCAGUGGUGGCCCUGCCGGCCUGCCCUGCCUGCUGUUCCGGGCUCCUCUGGGUCCAGCUGUGCAGCUGAUGUCUGCUUGGCAUCGCGCCGCUCCCUGGGAGUAUCUGUGUCGGGUGGAAACCCCCCCAUUGCUGCCAACACCUAGGGAGUGA